AUGGCAGUUGAAGAGUGCAGGUUUCUUGCCAGCAUUGACCUCCGGUAUUUGCCAUACUUCUGGAACAGAGAGAAUGGCGAAAAGAGCCUCCUCAUGGACUUGCUUCAAGAGAAGAAGUACAAGACUGCGCUGGAAUUGGUGACCCGCGGGGAAAUUUCUCCAAAAGAGACAAUACCAUACACAGGUACAUCCCUCUUGAAGCUGUCCUUCAGACAACCUGUACUGGAAGAUGUUGCCAUUCUUCUGGAUGCAAUGAAGCUUCGGGGUGAGAAAAUCGAUGACACCGAUUUGGAUGCAGCUUGCAAUGCAGGAUCCUUCUUGGUGGUUCAGAAGCUGCUCAAUGCCGGUGCUAUUCCUGGGCCUGAUGCCCUGCAUAGUUUGAUGGAAAGGGCCGGUCAACGAAAGGAGAAUGAGACACUCAAGAUCUUGCAUGUGCUACUGGAGGCCAAAGCUGAAAUCGACGGCUUGGGCUCAAAUCAACAGGUAACGCCUUUGGUCACUGCAUGCCGAGGUCUCAACCUUCCCUGCGGAGUUUUGCAGGCUUUGCUCCAUCUUCGUGCUGAUGUCGGCGGCGCAGGGCACGAGCCACCUUUGCACGCUUACGUUGGCAAAUGGGGCCGUGAGGAUGGAAUCCGGGUUUUGGCAGAGCACCGCGCCGACUUGAACCAAAAAGAUCGGAUUGGCCGGACAGCCUUGCAUUGCGCUUUGAGUGGGCAUUACCGGUUCAACUUGGCAAUGCUUCUCAAGUCUCUGGGUGCCGACCCAUUCAUUGCAGAUGCGAACGGGGUAAGACCCAGCCAACUUCUCAUCAGAUGCAACCAGCCGGAGAAGGCAGCAGAGUUGGAGGACCGUCGCAUGAAUCAAGAAGAGCUGAGGUUGAAGCAGGCCAUGGAACACCCUCUAGCCAAGAAGUUCGAGAGCUCUCUGAUACAGUCAGUGAGUUGGAUCCUGCGCAAUUCUCCCGAAGAUGGCUUCGGCUGCAUUAGCAACAACCAGUUGAAAGAUGAAUGCGAUUAUGGGGAUUGCAAGCUCUCUGAUUGCUUGGAUGGUUGCUCCCCAAAAGCUGUCGUGCUGGAGCUGCCACUCACCAGAUAUUGUGAAAUCCAUGGUAAUCUUCGGUUGACAGCGCCGCCUGAAGGCUUCACCGUGAAAUUCUUGCUGAUGGCAAUUUACAAGUUUUAUCAAGAUCCUUUUGGCGAUGCGGAGCUUUCAGAAAUCCGUCAGCUUUUCGGUAAAGGCAUUUUGGGGGACACCUUCGGCUACAUUUCCAACAAUGUUGGAGAGACAGAAGGUUCAAGGCCAAAGAAGCAGAAGGUUCAACGCAUUGAAUUGCGAGGGGAUUGCAUUUUCUUCGAAGGUUUCCACGAAUGCAAGUUUUUUGAAGAUGACCAGACCCUGUGGGGCAGGAUGUCCCUGGGAUCAUAA